AUGCCUGGGCAAGCGGCCAUGAUGACGCUGUCAAUCAGUGAAUUGGCUGGCGCUAGAGGAUUUGCUAAAGAGAGUAGAUACUUCUCUCCUUGCCAGGAGGACGGUACAACGUCUAAUUUAUCCACUUCAUUAGCCCUCGCGUCAACGGAAAGGUGGCAGCCAUAUUGUCGUUGCAACGCUAUCCAAGAUUCCUUUUGGCAAUUUAUCCAAUCUCAAGGCAAAAAAUUCAACAUGACUGGACUAGUUUGGGGUAGAAUAGCCAGAGUACGCCAUGUCAUUACCUAUUCGUUAUCACCUUUCGAGCAAAGAAGUAUGGCUGGCAUUUUGAAGAAUGGCAUCCCUAACGCCAUACGUCGUUUCAGCGAAUCCUUCCCUUAUGUUGCGCCAUCGUUGAUCAUGGUCGUUUGCGUUUACAAAUGGAGCAAUAAGAAAUUUAUUGAAUUAAGCAGAAAGAAUCCUGCCGAUUUUGCCAAUGAUGAAUAAAGAGUUUAUUGCCUACUACUAUUUUAUUAUUUUUGAAACAAGAACAUUUCAACGUCAGUCAUGACUCAAUGGCCAUUUUGCUAACGCUAACAGUUCUACAAGGUUGGAAAGACUCUAUUCUCUUUUCCAGUUGGCUGUAUCUUAUGAAGAAAUAAAUAACUUGGCAAUCUAUGAUAGGUUAGAAUAUCAUUGGGUAAUCUUGCGGAUGACUAUACUGGAAGAACAGAUUGACAUUGUACAUCGACUCUAUUUUGUGCUUGUUAUUUUGUUCAUUAGUAGCAUGUUAACGUGGCUCUUAUAGCUGGACUAACCAUAUCUGGAUACGAAUGCCAUUUUUUCCGCAUAAUUCAUGCAUAAUGUUGCGUUAUCUGUAUUGCAAAUAAUAGCUGUUAAAU